UCUCUUGAGGAAUCUGUUGAAGUGAAGUACGCCGAGCAUCAUGCAUCACUUCCCAGAAAAAGUAGUUCCAUUACUGGUUUUUCCAGUAAAUUUAUGAAGAUGGACAGUGAAAGGAAAUUUGGAUGUAACAUUUCCCAUUUAAGCGAUUAUUCUGAUAUAGCAGAGAAAUCAAUGGAAAAGUUUGUCUCAGUCAUGUCAUCAUUCACAUGCACAUCAUCUGGAUCUCGUGCCAGUGGUCUCCGUGCCCAUUUGAGAGAUGUACAGAACACAUGUGCACCAAGGUCAACCACUGCGCCCAAGGAUUUAAGCAGAUUUUCAUAUGUGCCCAAAAAAUCAGCAGACUGCAUCUGCAUCUCACAGAAACUAAGUUUGAUUUGCAUUGUUCUCUUCUCUUACGUUGAAGGUCAACCAUUGCACCCCAAGGAUUUAAGCAGAUAUUCAUAUGCACACAAAAUCAGAAGACUGCCUCAACAUCUACAGAAACUGAGUUUCAUUUGUAUUUAAACCAUCAGUUCCGGAUGGUUCCCAGGUCUACCUUGUAUUGGUGGUCUGAUUACUUUUGUUUUCCAGGGUAUCAUCAUUCAUAUUUCUAUUUGCCUUUGGCUGUUCAUGAUGAAAGAUUUCAUAUUGGAUGGAUCAGACGAAAAACUGUUAUCUGAUUGUGAUAAGUUCAUGUCAUAUCACUGACACAGUGCAAUUCAUGAUGUAAGCAUAUGGUCUUUCUCCUCACUUACCUGUGUUUUUCUCUGUUCAUGAGAAGUUGUUCUCUUCUGACUGUUGUAAAUGAGUAGUAUUCUGUAUU